AUGCCUUAUGAAGAGUUCGAUACCACACUCAAGGAUAUCGAUGAAAAGGAGUUGGAAAAGAUCCGCGAUGAGGAAGGUGUGAAACAUUUGAGCAAAAGGACAUGCUCUGACCCCGCUUUUCCUGUGCUAGGAAACGUACAUGGUCUGCAACACAUGAAAAUGAGUGAGCAAACGUAUUACUAUUCACGCUACACAUCGAAUACAAAACCAGCGUCUUACACGUCGCUCACGUCGCCACUAACAAGUUCGCAGUUCCGAACGCCGAAUCGCUCAUCAUCGGAUCGUCGUUUUUCCGACGAAAACGACGUUGAUUCACCUCAUGUUUUCGGCGACAUUCCAAAACCGCCUACAGGCAGCUCGGAAAAGAUGACGCAUCGCGAGAGAUUCGGCCCGCCGCCGUCAUUGUUGCGCAACAACAUGGCUACUUUCAAUUCGUCGUCAUCCUAUAAUCGUACCUACGAGAAAAAGGUGAUCGAAGAAGGAGCACCGCGUGUUCGCGUCACCACCCAAACUCAUGCUGCUCCAAUCGGAGGUGUUAUCCCGGAUAUCAGCAGCCUUCAUCAAAACAUGCUCUCCCACUUUCCAAACCUCUCGGUUUCGCCGUCAGCUGUCAAUUUUGCCAAUGCUGCUGGUUGUGUGACGUCUCUUCGUACCACUGAUACCUCGUUCAAUGCGACAUUGGAUGUGAGCAUGUACGACUCAGACACUCUCAAGGUGUCGGUUGUCGACCAAUUCAUUGUGAUCGAGGGAAGUCAUGGCGAGAAGGAAGACACGUUCGGAACCAUCGAGCGCACGUUCAAACGCAAAUUCGCAUUGCCAAAGAACAUUCCAGCCAAAUCGGUGACCAGCCAAUUGACAGCCGAUGGAAUGCUCACCAUUGAAGCGAAGGCUCCGGAGCCGAAACUCGACGGAGCGCGAGCCAUACCGAUCAAAGUCGUCACCACUGCCAAUGGUGGAGCCUCCGGUGAUCAAAAGUAA